AUGCAUGCAAGGAAACGUAACAGAGGUGGGAAUCCGCUACCGACUGUGAUUAAGAAGCAGAAGCAUGAUGAUGGAAGGGCAAUUGUUACUCAAAGCAUUUGGAAAUCUUUGCCUAGGUUAAGGGAAAGAGAAACCGAUAUUGACAACACUAUUAAAAGUAGUCACGUAUUCUUAAUUCUUUCAAAUGAGGAAAAACUAUACCUUAAGAAGUUCAUAAAGGAUAUCAGUGAAGUUAUAGAUAGCAAAAAGUACGUGUUUCAUGAGCGUUGCGUUGAAUUGAGGAAUUUCCAUAUAAUGGAUUGCUGUGUAUUCCUUGCAUUUGUUAUGAUAAAUUUGAAUAAAUUCUGGAGGAAGUCGAACGAAAAUGAUAGCUGUAGUAUUAUAAAGCCGUUUCUUUUAAGGUGUUCUAUAUUCAUUCAUCAGUCAUGCCAAGUUAAGGCUCCUAUUCCAAGCAGAAAAACGUCAUUUCAAAGUCAACUAGCUCAUGUUUCAAAAGUGCCGGGCUUUAAACAAAUAGAGUUCAGAAGCAAUGAUUUAAAGGAUUUAAUGUCUGGUAUCUUGCAUCAGGUUUCCAAUUGGAAGUUCCAGCCUCCCAAAGGUUCUCUGCAUAAGGAGUUUGCCGAUGUUCUUUCCGUUGAGAAGAGCCGGUUAACUAGUGCCAUAUUACAGCUGCCAUUUUUUGACAAAGUUAUGAACUUGGAAAUGGCUGCAGCUUCGAAUGCUUUGGUCAUUGAGGAAAGCAAGAAAAGGUUACAAGAACAUGCAAUUAAACUGCAGGAGUACAAUGAUUUGGUUGUAGUUCAAAAACCCAAAAACACUGAAGAAGCCAAACCACAGGCAUCAGAAAAUAGCAGGCCUUCCCGGCACAUUGGAGCUUCAGGUGCUUCCAGUUCUACCUCUAGAUAUCAAGGCUCUGUGAAUACACACACAGCGACUGACGGCAGCACCUACUUUCACGACCGCAAACAGAACAGCAAUUAUGUCUCUGCUGACGAUAUAAGGAAAUAUUGCAUAGCUACUGUUGAUGCCAGUAUGGAUGUUGUGGCCGGAAAGUCGGCAUCUCAAAUUACCAGGGCGUACGUUAAAUGCCCAAGAACUUUAGUUGAUAUAUUAUAUCAAAAAUUGACAGAUAUAAGAAGUGAGUCCAAUUGUAAUAUUGUGAUCUUAAACAUGCAGACUGUACAUGAAUCAACAGCUUGGUUUGAUAAAUUAAAUGUUCAAGAGUAUUCGAGGGUUAGCCCUCCGCCUAGUACAGUGAGAGUUGUCAGUAUCGGUGGUGUUGGCGAGAAUUGCAAGCGGGCCUUGAGACUAUUGAGGACUUUUUUCGAGCAAAACUAG